UCCACCGACUUGUCGUUGCCACCACCACCAACUGCCACCUUAGCUGCCACCACCUCAAUGCUACAUCAAAAUGUCCCAAAAUUUUCUUUGCAAAUUCACGUGAAUUUCACAAAGAAAUUCUAUGUUUGUGUCUCGGUACAAUCUUCAAAUUUUAUUUUCCAAACAAAAUCAAAACCACAAAACCCACUGACCAUCACUCUCCCACCCACACGACGCUGAACAAGAUUGACAAUCUUCCUUAGUCAUUCUCCCUACUGUUCUCCAUUAAAAUAGAGAAAAUAAAUUUUGGGUAGUUUAUUUACCAUCCCCAAUUUACCCUUAUUAGAGUUGUUCCCAAGUUGUAUUCUACUCUUUUAACUGAUUAGCCCACUAGCAGACUAAUUUGUCUGGGAUCCAGCUAUCGACUUCUCUUUUUAUUUUCCUCUUUGCUUAAUAUUUUAAACACUUCACUCAAUCCUUCCACUUCUCUGUCCAACUUCUUUAAAUGUUCUUCCAUCACUUUAGCCCUCAUAUCCAUGCCCAGUGAUCUUAUUUCUUGAUGCCGGUUAUGAUUUGAGAUUAUGGUUGUCCAACUGGAUGAAAAUUCAAGUUAUUUCACCGGAAAGCUACAUUAUGGCAGUGUAUUACUCACAAAUAUGUGAAAUUUUGUCUACAAAAAUGAAAAGAUAGCCUGACUAGUCUACAUGUAAACUAAUUAGUUUAAUAGAUUUCUAUUGGACAAUGCUAUGAAGAUGUUAGGCUCUUUUGAGAAAAUGAGAUUUUUGUAUAAAAUUGAAAAUAAGAGAUUGAGUGGGACAACGUUGUGGUUGGUGAAAGAUGCUGACUUUAUGAUUAUAGUUAGAUUGCUUGGUUAGAACAGGCUUGCUGAGAUGUGGUGUGUUUCGUAGUUGAAGUGUUUGAAUUGCCAUGGGACGACAAAGUAGGGUAUGAUAUUUUAGUGGUUGAUGUUGACAUUGGUGGGGGUAUUGGAGGAGGUGGAAGAAACGAAGUAGAUGUUGAUAAAGAGUUUGAGAAUAAUGUACGCUACGCAAUGGAGGUUUAUGAUGAUUUUCUAGAGGGUGACGACUUGUAUAUUGUGGAUGAGGUUGAAAGUAAUGGUGCAACUGAAGAAAUAGAAGUGGAUACAGCGAAUUCUAUUGAUGUUCCUGCGGGCAAUGAUAAUAUGGGAAACCCUAGAGGGAGUGAAGCUCAUGUAAAAGCAGACACAAAUGAGGAUCAAAUGGUUGAUCAACCUAUGGUGGACUUCCAUGACUAUAAUGAGGCACUUGCUACAGAGCACAAUAAAGAGACACCUACUGCUAAUCACAAUGAAGAAGCACCUGAUGCAGAUCAUAAUGAGUCAUCUGUUUCAUAUUAAAAAAAGUCAUAUGCUGUAGUAUAACUGACGCCACCUGCUGCAUAUCAAAAUUACAUCUCUGUUGAUGCAUCUCCUGUUGAUGAAGUCCCUGCGGCUUCAUCCCAUGUUAAGACAUCACCUGCAGAUGCGCCCCCUAUCUAUGCACUACCUAAUGAUGCACCUCUUGUUGAUGAAAAUGUGAACCAUACUGACACUAGAGAAGGAAAUGGUGAAUUUGAAUUUGAGAAAAGCCUAAUGGAGGAGUUCAGUGAUCUUGAUUAUAAGCAGGAUGAAGAUGUGCCUGUAGAUGAUCAUGAUGAAGAUACUUUCUUCAAGUUGUCUGAGGGUUCUAAUAUUGAUUAUGGAAAUUUGAGGGCGAAACAUGAAGGUGCAUUAGGGCAUCUAGAUAGUAAUAGAAAAAGACUAUGAUGAGUCAAAUGAUUUUAAAAGCAUUUCAAGUGAUAUUGAAGAAGUUAGUGGCUCUUCAAGAGCCAGGAAUGAGUUUGGUUUAAUUCUGCUACAGACAUACA